GGGCGCGGGAAAAGUGAGGCGACGGGCCGGCCGUGGCGGGUGUGGCCGAGGCGUCGAGGCCGAGGAGGAAGAGCCGCCGCGCUGAGGAGGAGCCGCCAGCGGGGAGAGACCCCGACGAGGACAUAAAGAAUAAGAGUACCUGAGGAAAAAUAGAAGGUUAUAAGAACAUGGGACUCACUUGUGCCGAUAUCAAUGUGGGUUUACUGCUGGACUGCAUUAAGCAGCAACUAAACAACAUUCCUGCUGUAACUAAUGCUUUGCUCUUAAUUACUUCAAUUUGUCAAGAACACAGCAAUACCUGUGUUUAUUUUCAAGAUAUUGGUGGUUUGAAGUUGGUACAUAAACUUGCAAGGUCAGAUGUGCCCAGCUCGUUAAAAGAAGUUGCCCUGUAUAUGUUAGGAUCUCUAGCCAAUUCUCAUGUCCUCUGUCAGCAAAGUCUCUGUACAACUGAAUUGUUUGAUGAAAUGUUGACAUUCAUGGUUGAUGAGAACUCUAGCACGAAUUUGCAGUCAGUAUCUGUCUCCGUUCUGUUGAGCUUGGUUUCAAAGAAUGGGGAUGGACAAAGGCUUUUGAGAGAAACAGAUUGUCUUUCUGUUCUGCAAAAGUUAUUCAGAGAAACUCUCACAAAAUCUGAAAUUGAUUCCUCGAAUGAAAGCUUCAUGGAAAAAUAUCCCCUAUGGAAUGCACUGUGCAGUACUCUGGGUGCAGCUGUCAAUAAUCCUCAAAAUGAGGAAAAUCAGAAAAUUUGCUGUUCCAUUUUGCCACAUGUACAGACCUUGUUAGAAGUCUCUAAGAAGCCUGAGAUAGUUUGUCCUCUUUGCCUACUUAUUGGACUCACAGUGGCAGAAAACCCCUCUGUUCAGAAAUUCUUCAUGUCUAUUGGUGGAUUGGAUAUUUUGGCUGAUGUUUUUAUCAAGCUGGCUGGAGAUGCAUGUCAGAAUAUUUCUAGUGCUAAGGUGGCAGUAACUGUGACAAUUACCAUGGGUGUCUGCAUUGCUGAUAACCCUCCUGGUAGUAGGAUUCUAGCGAAGCAUCAAGUUGUGCCCAAACUUCUGACUUUGCUGCUUUUGGACAGUUUGGAUCCUGGAGAAAAAAAUAGUGUUCUGUUUACCCUUGGGCAUACCAUAGUAUCGUGUGCUGAGGAAUUGUUUGUGCAACAUCUUGCUAAUGCUUCUCAAGAGAUUCCUGAAACGGAAGAACGAGGAAAAGCUCUGGGUUCCUUGAAGAGAAACAAAAACAUCCUACCUAAAAAAAAAUGCGUAAGAGAAGAAGACGAGGAACAAGGCCCUAAAACAGAUGGUGUGGUUGAAGAUGCCUUGCUGAAAGACAGCGACCAAGAAGAGGCCCUUCCAAACCAAUGUUCCGAGUCAGGUGCUCAGAUUUGCCACAUGCCUGCAAAGGAUGAGCUCAAGAGUCAAUUAGAGAGUCCUGGAGAAGAUGCCGCAAGUGUUUUUUGUGGCAAGCAUGAGCCAACUGGAAGUGAACGUGUGUUUGACCACCCAGCUCCGGAAGAUGAAACUAGAGUGCAGCAGCCACCGAAGGAAGAACAACCCGAGAAUCCCUGAAGAAGGUGCAGAGAAAAAGUAGCUUCCAUUUUGACUCCAAUAAAGAAACCGGGAAACCAUUGGAAGUGAACUUCAUGGUCUUACCCAGGAAGGUAGAUUACAAUGCAUCUGGCCUGAGAAUACUACAAGUUAGAGAAAUUAAAUGAUAUGUAAUUCCCGAAAGCAUUUUUUUUUGUUUGUGUGUCUAGAGAUUUUUAAAAUAGGUAACUGUUCUUCAUUUUAAGUGAGUUUUGUCAUAUCGAUCCCAGUUAGUUUUACUGCAUGAUAUUCAAAUGGGGGUCAGUGAUAUUGUUUCCUAAAGGAUUUUAUGAUAGCAUGAUAGUUCUGGAGUUCUAUGUUUCGCUUGUUCAAGAAGCAGGCCGCAAAGUAAGAAACACACAAGUAUUGGCUACUUUUUUAACUGUUGGUUUUAGAAUUUGCCUUUUGUUUUUCCUAAGAUAAACGAUUAAGGAGGGCAGAGGUACUAACUGUUAUAGUAGGAUUUUUGAUUGUUAAAAAAUGUUCUGUGAAUGAAAUAAUUUGUGGAAUGUUAAAAAUAUCCUUUUUCCUAAGUCAGUAAGAGCCUAGCUUACUAUCAAAGAGUGAGUUAUGUACCAGGGAAGAACAUAGCCCAUUGUUCCCACAUCGUUGUGUCGUCUCUGGCCCGCUAUACGGAAGAGAGUGUAAGAUACCUUGAUCGAUAAAGUGAAAGUUUUUCAGUAAUUUAAACGAGGUGCCAUUAUUAAAUAAAAAGGUUUGUUUUUUUCC